GGGGACGGACUCCCGCGCCCGGUGCAGGCGAGGCGCGCGCCGGGACGAGCCUGAGACAGCCAGCCGGGAGGACCGCAGCCUCUCUCCAUGCCUGUGUGGUGCUGCCGCUGCUCCCUGGCCGGUCAUUUCAGAGACUAUAGUGAUACUGAAACUGAAGGAGAGAUUUUUAAUUCUUUAGUGCAAUAUUUUGGUGAUAAUUUGGGGCCAAAAGUUAAAGGGAUGCCAUUGGUUGAAGAAACUUCUUUACUUGAAGAUUCAUCAGUGACUUUACCUGUGGUAAUAAUUGGAAAUGGACCUUCAGGAAUAUGCCUUUCGUAUAUGCUAUCAGGCUACAGACCGUAUUUAUCAUCUGAAGCAAUACAUCCAAAUACAAUCUUACAUAGUAAACUAGAAGAAGCAAGACAUCUCUCCAUUGUCGACCAGGACUUGGAAUACUUGUCUGAGGGUCUGGAGGGCCGAUCAUCCAAUCCAGUGGCAGUGCUUUUUGACACACUUCUUCAUCCAGAUGCUGACUUUGGGUAUGAAUAUCCAUCCAUUCUGCACUGGAAAUUGGAACAGCAUCAUUAUAUCCCCCACUUAGUUCUUGGUAAAGGCCCACCUGGUGGGGCAUGGAAUAAUAUGGAAGGCUCUAUGUUGACAAUCAGCUUUGGAAAUUGGAUGGAGCUACCUGGACUUAAUUUUAAAGAUUGGAUGUCUAGCAAACGAAGGAACUUAAAGGGGGACCGGGUUAUGCCAGAGGAAAUAUCACGUUACUACAAACACUAUGUAAACAUCAUGGGUCUUCAGAAGAAUUUCAGAGAGAAUACUUACAUAACCUCUGUAUCAAGACUCUACAGAGAUCAAGGUGAUAAUGGUAGUCAAGACAAAGAUAUUUCAACAAAGCAUUUACAGAACCAGAAGUCAAAAUUUGUCAAAAGAAACUGGGAAAUCAGAGGCUAUCAGCGAAUAGCAGGUGGUUCUCAUGUUCCGUUUUGCCUCUUUGCUGAGAAUGUAGCUCUUGCAACUGGAACAUUGGAUUCUCCCGCCCAUCUGGAAGUUGAAGGGGAAGAGUUACCUUUUGUGUUUCAUUCAAUGCCUGAAUUUGGAGCAGCUAUAAACAAAAGAAAGCUGUGUGGCAGAGCAGAUCCAGUGCUGAUUGUAGGCUCUGGUCUUACUGCAGCCGAUGCAGUACUGUGUGCUUACAACAAUAAUAUCCCUGUGAUCCACGUAUUUCGCAGACGAGUAACUGAUCCAAGCUUAAUUUUCAAACAGCUUCCACAAAAGCUGUAUCCUGAGUAUCACAAAGUCUAUCAUAUGAUGUGUACUCAGACAUACUCUGCAGACUCAGAUUCUUUAUCUGAUUAUACCAGCUUUCCUGAGCACCGUGUGCUUUCCUUUAAGUCAGACAUGAAAUGCAUUCUUCAAAGUGUCUCUGGAUUGAAGAAGAUAUUUAAGCUGUCUGCAGCUGUAGUCUUGAUAGGUUCUCAUCCUAACCUGUCUUUUCUGAAAGAACAAGGGUGUUACCUAGGCCAUAACUCAAGCCAGCCAAUAACAUGCAAGGGGAACCCUGUGGAGGUUGAUGCAUACACCUAUGAAUGUGUUAAAGAAGCCAACCUUUUUGCUUUGGGUCCUUUGGUUGGAGACAAUUUUGUUCGAUUUUUAAAGGGAGGGGCAUUAGGUAUUACACGCUGUUUGGCCACAAGACAGAAGAAAAAGCAGCAUUUGUUUGUUGAAAGAGGAGGAGGAGAUGGGGUAGCUUAAAGAAAGUUUACAAGUAACUUAAAUGGACACUUAACCAUUAAAGAUUUUUAACAGUG